UGGUCAUUUGCAUACAGGUUAUCAUUUAACCACUGGACAUCCUUUUUUAUUUAUUUUUAUUUAUGCCAUUUAAAUUCUAAAGAUGUUUUCAAGGAUUUUUAGCAAUUUCAGGACAAUAAAAUAAAGGAUAGUAUAUAAAAAAGAAAAUGUUUUUGGCAAUAAUUUAAAUAAAUAAGAACUAUAAUCUUCAAUUAGUGGUUGCAAUAGCCUCUUGAAAGGCUUGGCAAAAGAGCUACCUCUCUUGGAACGUGGGGAAGGCACAGUUUCUAAAAUGGAUCUGGAUAAAGAUGUGCAACCUCUUCCUCCACGUUACAGAUUUCGUGAUUUAUUGACAGGUGACUGGCAGCAGGAUGACAGGGUUCAAGUGGAAUUUUAUGUGAAUGAAAAUUCAUUUAAGGAACGUUUAAAAUUAUUUUUUAUAAAAAACCAGAGAUCAAGUUUAAGAGUCAGGAUGUUUAAUUUCUCCUUGAAGGUUCUGAGUUGUCUAUUAUAUAUUAUACGAGUCCUGCUAGAUGAUCCUUUAGAGAGCAGAAUGGGGUGUACUGAAUGUUAUAAACAGAAUAAUUCUGCACAGCAUAGAUUUGACUGGACUCCUAUAAUUUGGGUAAACAGGCCUCUUCCCUUGUGGGGACUCCAGGUACUAGUGGCAUUAAUCAGUUUUUUGGAGACAAUGCUUCUGACUUACUUAGGAUAUAAGGGGAACAUUUGGGAGCAAUUGCUUCGGAUUCCAUUCAUUUUGGAAAUGUUAAAUACAUUGCCAUUUUUUAUUACUGUAUUUUGGCCUCCGCUUAGAAACUUUUUUAUUCCUGUCUUCCUCAACUGCUGGCUUGCAAAACAUGCACUGGAAAAUAUGAUAAAUGACCUACAUCGAGCAAUCCAGAGGACCCAUUCAGCCAUGUUUAACCAGGUCUUCAUCCUGAUCGGCACACUUGUUUGCCUCAUGUUCACCUGUAUAUGUGGGAUCCAGCACUUGGAGAGGGCUGGUAAUAAUCUCACCCUCUUUGAAUCCCUUUACUUCUGCAUUGUUACAUUCUCCACGGUUGGAUUUGGAGAUGUUACCCCCAAAAUUUGGCCAUCUCAGCUCUUGGUUGUCAUCAUGAUCUGUGUAGCUCUCAUCGUUCUACCUAUACAGUUAGAGCAGCUUGCUUUCUUGUGGAUGGAACGGCAGAAGUCAGGUGGGAAUUACAGUCGCUACCGUGCACAGACAGAGAAACACGUGGUUCUGUGUGUCAGUUCUUUAAAGAUUGAUUUGCUUAUGGAUUUUCUGAAUGAAUUCUAUGCUCAUCCAAGACUACAGGAUCACUAUGUGGUUCUUCUUUGUCCUACUGAAAUGGACCUCCCAGUAAGAAGGGUCUUACAAAUACCUUUAUGGUCCCAACGUGUUAUCUACUUGCAGGGUUCAGCAUUAAAAGACCAGGAUCUCAUGAGGGCCAAAAUUGAUGACGCAGAAGCCUGCUUUAUUCUCAGCAACCGUUUUGAAACAGAUCGCAUUGCUGCUGACCACCAGACAAUCCUACGAGCCUGGGCUGUCAAAGACUUUGCACCCAACUGUCCUCUUUAUGUCCAGAUACUUAAACCUGAAAACAAGUUUCAUAUCAAAUUUGCAGAUCACGUGGUCUGUGAAGAAGAAUUUAAGUAUGCCAUGUUGGCUUUGAACUGUGUUUGUCCAGCAACCUCCACGCUCAUAACUUUACUGAUACACACCUCCAGGGGACAGGACAGUCCUAGCUCACCUGACCAGUGGCAGAAAACCUACAGUCACUGUUCCGCCAAUGAGGUUUACCACAUUCGGCUGAGUGAUAGCAAAUUCUUUGGAGAGUAUGAAGGAAAGAGUUUCACAUAUUCAUCUUUUCAUGCUCAUAAAAAGUAUGGAGUCUGCCUGAUUGGAGUAUGUCAGGAUGAAAAGACCAACAUUCUUUUGAACCCAGGUCCCUGUCAUAUAAUGUCAUCAUCAGACACUUGCUUUUACAUCAAUAUAUCCAAGGAGGAGAAUUCAGCUUUCAGUUUUAAGGAACAAGAGCAGAUGCAGAAGUCUGGGCUUAACAAAUCAGCCUAUCACGGGUUGACGAGGCUCCCUGUUCACAGCAUUAUAGCAAGUAUGGGUACAAUGGCCAUGGAUCUUCAGGGUUCAAGAAGUCCAGAGAGCAUUGAUAGCAACCUGUUAUUAAGUCCACCAACUGAUCCUGAUCAUAGAAGGAAGCAGAGUAUUGACCCUGUACCAGAUCUCAUGGAUAGAGAAACCAGUACAAACUUUGAACUCCUGAGUGACCAGUCUGAGGAUGAGACCAGCCAAUCAGAGGAAGAGUUAGGGACUUCUCAUGCAUGGGUGAAAGGUUAUCCAUCCAACACCCCCUACAUAGGUAGCUCACCCACUCUUUGCCAUCUACUCCAGCAGAAAAGUCCAUAUUGCUGCCUACGGCUAGACAAGAGUUGCCAUCAUUACCCAUAUGAAGAUGCAAGAGCAUAUGGCUUUCGAAAUGCUCUGGUGAUUGUGUCUGCUGAGCAUGCUGGAAAUGGAUUGUACAAUUUUAUUGUUCCUCUUCGGGCCUACUACAGAGCAAAGAAGGAGCUGAGUCCCAUCAUCCUCCUGUUGGAGAAUCCGCCUGAUGCUCAGUUCCUCGAGGCAAUCUGUUGGUUUCCGAUGGUCUAUUAUAUGGUGGGAUCCAUUGAUAACCUUGAUGACAUGCUCCGUUGUGGGGUGAGUUAUGCUGCCCACAUGGUUGUGGUUGGAGAAGAAAGCUCUAUGAUUGCAGAGGAAGAUUAUAUGGCUGAUGCACGAACCAUUGUCAAUGUCCAGACUCUGUUUAGGCUAUUCCCAGGAUUGAACAUUAUUACUGAACUAACACAUCCUGCAAAUAUGAGGUUUAUGCAGUUCAAAGCCAAGGAUAAGUGCUCUGUGGUGCUUUCUAAAUUGGAGAAGAGGGAGCGUGAACGUGGUUCUAACCUGGUAUUCAUGUUCAGGUUACCAUUUGCUGCGGGGAAAGUCUUUAGUGUUAGCAUGUUGGACACACUUCUUUAUCAGUCUUUCGUUAAGGAUUACAUGAUAUCCAUCACACGGCUCUUACUGGGUUUGGAUUCAAUGCCUGGCUCCGGAUUCCUUUGUGCUCUGCGGGUGACAGAGGAGGAUUUAUGGAUCCAAACUUAUGGCAGGUUAUAUCAAAAAUUGUGCUCCACCACAGGGGAAAUACCCAUUGGUAUAUAUCGCACUGAGACCCACAUGUUUCCAGCUUCUGAGUCACAGGUAUCAAUCAGUGUAGAGGAUUAUGAGGACACAAGAGAAACCCGUUGGGGAGAUUCCACCUACGGUCGACCUGCUCACCGUAACUCAACUUCCAGCGAUCAGUCCGACCACCCCCUGUUGCGGAGAAAGAGUAUGCAAUGGGCAAGAAGGUUAAGUCGUAAAGGGGCAAAGCAGCCUGGAAAAUCAGCCUCUGAGAGGAUCAGCCAGCAGAGGAUGAGUCUCUAUCGACGCUCAGAGAGGCAGGAACUCAACUCACUUGUGAAAACCAGGAUGAAGCAUCUUGGACUCUCAACAACAGAAUACAUGGACAUUAUGGACACAGACAACACUUUAUCUUAUAUCCUUAUUAACCCCCCUCCAGAUACGAAAUUGGAGCUUAAUGAUGUGAUAUAUCUCAUCCGUCCAGAUCCCUUAAGUUCAGUUUCCUCCAAUACUCGCAAAUCAAGUGCCACACGCUCAGAUUACCAUGGAUACGACAGCAAGGACAGCACGCAUCUCUGA